AUGACGAGAUCGGUAACACAGGGACCGUUGCAGUUACCGAUUUUCGGCAGUAUCUUUCAGAUAGGAUCACGGCCACAUCUUGCUUUCACGCGGAUGGCAGCAACGUACGGUCAGGUGUAUCAAGUCUUUAUCGGAACAAAACCAGUUAUCAUAGUGAACGGGUAUCGCGCAAUGAAAGAAGCGUUACUUGGAAAUGGUAAGGAUUUUGCGAGUAGGCCAAUGUUUGAAUCACUAGGAUACCUGAGUGACGGAAUGAGUAUGGCGUUUGGGGAAUAUUCAAAAGUUUGGGAAGUUCAGCACAAAGUUGCGAUCGCUGCAGUUCAGGCGAUAAUGACAGACAAACAGUACAGAAUGGACGAUACUAUUUCUACAGAAACGGACAAACUUGUUCAAGAUUUAAUUAAGAAUGGUAAGUCCGAAGUGGACCCAAUGUCACAUAUCUACGAAUCCAUUUCACAAAUCACUUUCAAACUUUGUUAUGGUGACAUUGGAACAGAUGCCCCCGUUAAACGUCUGCUACAGGCCAAUCACGAUUUAACAGAGUUUCAAAUAGAAGGAAACCCAAUUGAUUUCAUGCCAUGGACUAAAAAAUUGCUAAAAAAUAAAUUUAAUAAAUACACUGAAGACUGUGAUUAUAUGAUGAACGUUUGUGCCAAACUUGAAUAUGGUCGUAUGGAAGAACAUAAAGUAAACCCUGACGCAACACAAAAGACAUGUGGCGCGUUAGAUGCCAUUAUUUCAGCUUACAAAAAGCUAUCUGACGAGGAAAGGGAGACAGAUGGCCUCACUACUGGGCAUAUUCUUCACAUCACUCAAGAUUUCCUCGGGGCCGGGAGUCAUGCAGUAGCCUACACGCUGUCUUGGUGUAUCUUAUACAUGAUUAAAUAUACACAAAUUCAGGACAAAGUCCGCGAUGAAAUUACCAGAAAGAACGGAGGCAAUAUUAAGGAUUGUGAACAUUUGCGCGACUUUCCCUACACAGAAGCAGUUAUACACGAGGUGUUCCGACACGCAUCAUCUGUGCCUCUCGCCCUGCCUCACUCCACAACGACGGACACAUUCGUACACGAUAAGAAAAUUCCAAAAGGCACAAUUGUGCUUGCGAACCUUCAUUCUCUUCACAACGACCCAGAUGUUUGGGAAACACCAGAAGAAUUUAACCCGGGACGUUUUCUCGAUGAUAAUGGAAAUAUCAUUCGUUCACGAAUUAACAUGGUAAAACCAUUCGGAAUGGGGAAACGCAAGUGCACCGGUGAGAUUCUAGGAAGAUAUGAAGUAUUCCGAGUCUUCACACGGUUAGUUCAGAAAAUUAAAUUUCAUCAAAUUGAGGGACACACAUAUGACAUAACACCUAGAUUUGGACUUGCAUUAAAACCAAAGGACUUCCCCGCACGGAUCUCUGCGAUAUCUUCUGAGUAGGUCUUCUAAUAAAUAAUUCAAAAUUGGAAAAACAUUGUAUACUAAAUUAUUGGUCGACAGCAGUAUGAAACUAACUAGAGUCAGCUAAACCAAGAAAAAUAUGAAUUCCAAAUUGUUUACCAGCCAAUCAGAACACGCUAUUUCACGUAACUGCAUUCGAUUUUACAAGUGUAUAACCGAUCACCGCAAGAUUGAAUGUUUGUCGAUGGUUGUCAAGGUAAUAACAAAUGAAAUUGAUGCUUUGUCAGCUAGACCAUUGCAAGUUUCAUUGAAAAUAUGUUCUUUAAUUUUGUUAGAUGAGUGGAGAGUCAAACGAUAACGGAAUUCACUUAAUUUUUCUACGACUGUCAAUAAACGGACACCAUCCCUUACUAUACGUAGAAAUAAAUAAAUUAUUAAG